CCAGGGGUUCCACCUCAAAGUUUGAUGCCUACCCAAUCGAUGAGGUUAUAAUUCGGUCUAGCAUCUGGAUAGAAUCGAUCCGAUGAGCAAGGAAUCCAGCUCCAGGCGGUGGCCACGCUUAACCAAGGCUCGUGGAGGAGGCGCUCCUAGGAAGAUAGCUUCUUCUGAGCCACCGAAGUUUGAAGCCAAGGCUUUGGUUAGGACCCCGAAUAAGAACUCCAUUAUUCCGCCAGAUCAUAACUCCAACCAAUUUUUGAAAAAGCGUUCAGCAAGGAUCUCAGACAAGACCUCAGCAAAAGGUAUUGAAUUGCAAGAGACGGAUAAGGAGCAAAACAAAGUUAAGGACCAAGGUCAGAUCCUAGAUCAUGGUCGAGGAGAAGGUAAAGGACAAGAGGUCACGGUGGCGAACCCAAACCGCAUUGAACCACACCGCCAUCCCGGCGUCUAUUUGUCACGCAAUCGUUUCGAUGCCAUACAACUGCUCACCCGGAAUACAAGCUCCAGUAUGGAUGAUUACGGUGAGCACAGGAUUGUUUCCGAUUUCCGGGGCAAACGCUGUGAAUUCCGGGCCUGGUCGCCCUUUCAAUCCAAAUUGGCAGCCGGAAUUAUGGGAGGUGCAUCCGAAUUGCACCUAAGAAGUGGCUCAAAAGUGCUUUAUUUGGGCGCCGGUUUCGGACGAUCAGUGUCGCACAUUUCGGAUAUUGUCGGUGAAUCCGGAGUGGUCUAUGCCGUGGAGCGGGGUCCCUGGGCUGGUCGUCAGCUGGCGGCUCUUGCCAGUCGGCGUCCGAAUAUCGUACCUGUAAUCGAGGAUGCCAUACUGCCGUACAAGUACCGUCUUCAGGUCGCCGCCAGCAUUGACAUUAUUUUCUCCGAUCUGCCGCAUUCCGAUCAAGUUCGAGCGCUGAUAAUAAACGCCAGGCAUUUUCUCAUUCCUGGCGGUCACUUUUUGGCCUAUUUACACGCGGAUAGUUACAAUGGUGGAGUGCCCAGCAAGGAAGCCUUUACCGCCGAGUGGAAGCUUUUAAAGGAGCAGCACCUGGAACCAGUCGAACAAAUUGCACUGGACCCUUACAAGCCUGGAUACGUACUUCUUGUGGGCGUUUCCACGAGGAAGGCUGUGUCUUCUUAGAUGGCUUUAUAUAUAAGGUUCUUAACAGAAAAAAAAUAACAUCACCCUUAGGUCUUUUUAAUCAUGUUAAUGGGCGAGAAAACAGGCAUUAAUUGGUGCAACU